UCAUUUUGUAAACUGUUAUGGCGUUUGUGUUCUGAUACACAACGCACAUAGAGUUUUUUCGCGAUUAUUAAAAACGUAAUCGGCUGUUAAAUUAAUAUUUUUUUCGGAAGUGUUUUAACAUGGGUGUGUUUCAGUGAAUUGGAAGAACCAGUAGGCGUUUUUCUCCAGGCCAGUAUCCAUGAAAGUGAUGUCUGAAUGAAUUUCUCACGGUUUUUAGACAUUCAAUCAUGGUGGGAAGUCCCCAGCAUUGCAUACUUUUGUUCCUUAUUCAGGACUGCGUUCAAUCUUCUGGAUUUUGACAUCGAAGAAUUAGAAGAAGCUCUUCUGACAGAUGGCACAGAAGAAACUGGUAAUUCUCUUUUGACUGAACUGAUAGUACGACUCUUGAACGGUUGCUUAGGCAACAAUGACAUCUCGGCUUUUAAUUAUCAGAUGUAUUUGAGGCGUCUGUUUAGGAGAAAAUGUCAAGAGCAUGGACGAUACAACCCUUUCAAUACUGACAUUGAUUUUCAAUUUUUGCCUCUUCGGACAAAAGUUGAGAUAUUGUAUGCAUUAUGUGAUUUUCGCUUAGAUGCUGAAGAUGUAUUUGACUUGUUUAAGAACUUGGAAGCUGAAAGUCUACGUGUUGAGCCUCUAGGAUGGGACAACAAUGAUUCAGCUUAUUGGUAUUUUUAUGGCACAAGAUUGUAUAGAGAGGAUAUUAUAAAGAAAUCGAGGGCCAAAAAUAAGAAAAAGAAAAAAGAAGAGAGCAGAAAGAGAGGGUGGUUUUAUGGAGAUGAUUGGCUUGACGACGAAGAUACAGAUCGUGUUUGGCAAGUGGUGUGUUUUACGGAAGAAGAUUGGACCCACCUGACAGAGAAGUUCUGCGAUGCUUCCACCAAAGUUGAAAGGGAACUUUAUAGGUCACUCUCACAGAAUUUUCUACCAGAAAUUCCAAGGCUAUUUGAAGAAAAGGAGCGCUUACAAAGGAAAAGGUUACUAGAACUCGCACCCCGUCGUACGUCGAGUCGCGUGCUGCAGAAGAUCAAGCAGAAGGAGGAAGACAGCAAACAGAGUGUUUAUGACUCUAAGGACGAAGACAGCAAGGAAUCACCGUCUGCCGCGCGAGAUAAUAGAGCAAAGCGACGUGAACAACUGAGAUCAAAAUCUGAAACAUCAGAUUCUUCAGACAGUUCAUCUAGUGAUCAAGAAGAAAUGCCUCAGAAAGUCACUAGACCAUCCAGAUCGCGAGAAAAGAAAUCAAAAAACUCAUCUGCUACCGAUAAAGGCGAGCCGCCACCAGAGCCUAUUGUUAAAACCGGAAGAAAAACUAAUAACUCACUAGCAGCUGCCACUGGCCAAAUAGUUAUACCAGACAACGAUGAGCCGGUCAACAGUACCCGACGGAAACUCAAGACGUCACAAAUUUUCAGUCAAACUGAAGAAGAUGUCCAAACUGAUAUGUACAAAGUGCUGGAACAACUCACAGCACAUGAAGAUGCAUGGCCGUUUAUGGACCCCGUGGAAGAGGAGUAUGCUCCUAAUUACUAUGCCGUAAUUCGGCGCCCAAUGGAUCUCCGUAAAAUGGAGGAACGUCUAGACAGUGGAUAUUACACAGAUUUUUCUAUGUUUAAGGCUGAUUUUAAGCUAAUUGUAAACAACUGCCGAUUAUACAAUGGACAAGACAAUGAGUAUACGAUUAUGGUAGAUAACUUACAAGUCGCAUUUGAUAGACUAACGGAGAAAUAUAUACAUCGGCUUUCUUCCUCUGAUGAAGAAAUUGCUGUAGAAUAUCAAUUACCGACGCCGUCACGCAAACAUAAAUUAAAAAGUAGUGAAUCUCCAACACGUCAACAAAGGAAAAAACGAAAAUCACAAUCUGAUCCAGUUGAAGCUCAAUCAAGUACAUCAGAAAUAAAACCAGAAGAGGAACAUGAAACGCCGAUUGAAGAAGAAUGUGAAGAACCUGAAGUUGAAAUAAGUAAAGAAUCUCACAAAAGCAAACACGAUAAAGUAAAGAAAAAACGUAAAGGUCAUCGUCAUGGUAAACAUUCCAAAAAUCACAAAAAAAAUAAAUCUGACUCUAAAAGACACAGUAAAAAACAAAAACAUGGUAAAAACAAAGACAAAGAAGGAAAAAAAUCAAAAAGGUCGAAAAAGAAAAAUAAGCACCAUGAUGUUGAACCACCUGAAGAAAUAAAAAGAAGUAUAUCUCAAGAAUCUUUAGAAAGUUCAAACAGAAGUAGAAGUGCAAGUCCCCUGCCGUCCAUACACACUCCAUCGCCAUCCCCUACAGAUCUAGAUAGACCCGAACCAAGUGAUAAACUUACCGAUCCAGACUUUUUAAAGGAUAAAUAUGAUAAAAUUAAAGAAAGAAGACGACAUGCUGCUAAGGAUGCGUGGGAAUCCCUUUUUGACUAUAAACAAAAAGUUGAUAAACAGAAACAAACUUUAAAUUUACCAGAAAAGGAUAAAAAUCAAAAAUUAAGGGAAACAAUUGAGAAACUAAAGGCAAAAAAUGAAAAGUAUAAAGAGUCUUCACUUUUCAAUAGUCUUUUUGCACCAGGAGGGUCAAACAGUGCCAAGUAUAAGGAAAGUAAAAAUAAGAAUAGAGACGAUGAUGAUGACUUCUCAGAUGACGAUACUAUCGACAGUGUUAAGGAGAAAUCUUCUAAUAAAAAAGUUAAGAAGAGUUCAGCUAAAAAUGCAUCUGCUUCUGAAGCAUUAGAACAAGCCGUUAAAGAUAUAAGUAAAUGGCUUGAUGAAGCACCCAAAGGAUCAGCAGCUAGUUCGCCUUGUGAUAGCCCUGCUCAAACUAUCUCAACAGAAGAACAAGAUAACAGUAGGUUAGAUGAUGAAUCAUCGCAAGGUGAAAAACCGAUUUUAUCUCGAAAAGAAUUGUCUCGUAAACGACCGUCAUCUCGUGAACCAAAAAUUUUAAAACGGAGAGAAAUUCAAAGAACUAUUGAUAGAUUACAGCCCGGAAAAAGCAAGGGUAAUUUGUUAACUAAUAUAAGUAACAAAAAUACUGACAGAACUGAGGAAGUCUCCACUCUUGGUCCACUUAGUAAAGCUCGUGAUAUAACAAAAUUAGAUGAAUGUAGUCCUAAACUCAGUUUAGGUUCUGUUUUACCAUGUGUUGAGUUUUCUCUUGGAAAUGAUCACAACUUUAAAAAUGGAGAUAUAAAAAGUGAUAAGCCAAAAGAAAUUAAAAAAGCUAAAGAUCCUGUAAAAGACAUUAAAAAGAACGAGACAGUGGUUCAAAAUAAAUCAGAAGAGAAAAUCGCUCCAACUAAAAAAGAUGCUGAAGUAGAAACAGAUCUUUUGCCUAUAAUGAAACCAAGUCAAGAAAAAGCGACUCCAAAUCUUAGUGCUUGGUUUAAAGCUUUUGGUGCACCAAAAACUACAAAUGCUUCAAAUAAUAUUAAAAAGAAAAUUGAUGAAACAGAAAUUGACGAUAAAGCUCUGGAAAAUGCUAACACUGACACCAAAACAACGAGUCCACAGAAUACAACCGCUAAAUAUGACUCUCCAAAUGAUCUUAACUCUCCAAUUCUUGAUGGAGGAGAUAGCCCACACCCGAGUGUUACUGCAACGCCACGACAACGAAGAACCAGCACAGGAAGUUCAAUUUCUGAAAGAUCAUCAUUUAGUCAAGACUUAGACUCACCUAGACAUCAAAUGUCUCACACUUCACCACUCUUACGUUCGCCUGCUUCUCCAAGGACAGAUGAUUUCCAGAAAAUUACUUAUCCAAUUAUUAAUGGCACUGUACGUGCUGGAUUUUACCAAGACACUACUUCUCUUAAAAGUAGUCCUGAGAAAAGUUGUAGUCCUAGGGAUGCGCCGCAGUCUCCUUACUCACCGUAUUCCCAACACGUGUAUGCUUCAAACAGUGCCACUGGUUCAUCAACGCCUAAUUAUUUUAUUGAUCACAACACAAGCCUUUUGCCAACAUAUGGCCAAAAUGCUCCGCCUUAUUACGACUCAUCUAAAGCACCUCUAGUCAGUAAACCUGCUCGAAUUCAUGACGACUACACACAAUUAGGUCCUGAUAAUUUUCAAACAACUCAUUUUAAUGGACCUUUUUCACCAACGCCAUCACCAUAUCCAUCCACACAAACAAGUUAUUCCCAACCUCAAGUAUCUCCAGAGCCUACUAUUACACAGCCGCAACCACCAAAUGCAGGGCAACUUCCACCAGACUCAAAGACAACAUUAUUUCCAGUCAAAAAGCGUACAUACAGUGAGCCUGAAACCUCGUUAUCUUCAAAAAAUGUCUCUGAAGAAAAAGAAGCUACACAGUCUUCAACGACAAAAAGUGAAUUUAUUAAAACUGCGCAUUCUUCUAAUUUACGUCCAGUGCAAACAAUACCACCGAGUUCAGUAGAUAAUAUAGCUUUAGCUUUAAGUGAAAAAUCGGAAAUAUUAAAAUUAAAUAACAUUCGUGAUAAAAAUAAUACUCUUGAUUACUCUGAAAGACGCAUGUCAGAACCUAGAGAAAAUGUUUCCUACGAAAGUAACGAUUUAUUACGUGACUAUAAAAAAGAGCCUAUUCACAUAGAUCUAACGAAAUCUGAAAAUUCGAAAAAAAAAGACAACAUAGAUAUGAUAAAUAUGGGUUACAUGAAUAACGAAGAAAAAAAAACGAAUGGAGACACAAAUAGUGUGGAAUUUGUUAACCGAGAAACGAAACCUAAUAUAAAUCUACAGCAAAAGGGAUAUGAGAUAGAAGCAAUUGCUAUUAAUUUAGGCAUAAAUAAUCAACAAUUACCAAAACCCAUAACUAAACCGCCUGUUACUUGCAAUUUAACACCAGCUCAUACUCACGAAAGACCCCAUGCUGAUAUUAAUAUUAAUCAAACCAUACCGCUUGCACACCAUAAUCAGUAUGAUACAUUACCACCAGGACAGCAUAUAAGCAAUUUCUCUCUGAAUGACAUUGAACUUGCUAAUAAAAAACUCUACUCCUGUAAUACCUCCACAUCCACAGCAGCUAUUGAUUAUGGCAAUUGGAAGAUGGGCCAAAUACGUAAACCGGAUAUACUACCAUCCGAUUAUUCUUCUAAUGGUUAUACAGCCACAAGUGAUGACAAAUUAAAAACAAGUGAUUCAAAUGCUACUGCUAUUAACUAUAACAAAAAUGUACAACAUCAACAAUUUAACAACUAUAGUGUAGUACCCCGAACAAGCAUUACACGAAGCCAAGAUAUUCAACCAAGCCUUUCAGCAGAAUUAAGGAUACCUAAUCCACGAAAUCUUUUAAAAUGCGAUCCCACCAGCGUAAACACAACUGUUAGUGAGAGCAAUCUCCCAAAAAAUAUGGAUAUGAUACCUAAGUCGCAAAAAUCAGAAAAACACGUUCAAAAUCACCCUUUGGUUUCAUCUUUACCUUACAAAACGCCAUAUAGUACGCAUUCCUCGCUUCCAAUUGAAACUUUGCGGAAUUUACCAAAUAUUCCUCAAAUGCUAGAGCGAUAUUCAAAUGAUGAAAGAUAUUUAACAAGCUUUGCAAAUAGCACAAGUUCACUGUAUCAUGACAAAACUUUCCAAAUGGCACAAAUGUUUAACAAAAGUAUAAGUUCGGAAUCACAUCCAGUUAGUACUUCAGUCAGUGUAUAUUCUCAACCAUCAAUCACUGCUAUAAAUAAAGAUAAUAGUGCUUAUAAAAGUCCUGUGAGUAUUGCGAGUACGCAAAUGGAUUCAAAGAAGAAUAAGAGAAAGAGAACAUCAGACAUAAAACAGUCUGCAACAACAAUUGGACAACCCUACCAUACAUCUACCUGCAGUAGCGACGUUUUGACAUCAGUCAAAACAAGUAUGAUGCCAGGAAAUCCCUUUAACUUUGGAACUUCCACUAACAUGGGCCUAGGAGGAAUGUACGGCGAUAAUGGCGGCUUUACAAUAGAGGACUUUAGAAAUAGUACAAAUCAACUAAUGGCCGCUAACUACAUGGCGGCAGCUGUGGCUCAUCAACAAAGAAGCAAUGAAGCAAAUGUAGAAAAAUUGGUAAAACCAGCACAUCAAAAUUCAAAUCACAGUACAAGUUCAUUUCCGUUUAUAGGGCAUUCACAGGUUCGUGCUGGCUACCCAUUUGUGAGCGCAGAGCAGUCUUCACCAUUAUAUCAACAGUACUUGCAACGCUAUCAAGAGGAACUGCAUCGACAGACUGGAGCUCAAAUUAUGGGCCUUUACCCAUCAGCCUAUACAACUCCACUGGGAGUUCGACAACCAUAUGAUGCCAUAAAUCGACCUUCCUGGCUUUAA